AUGGCGGAGAGCAGAGGUGAAGAACGGAAACGAAAGAGACCGCGCGAAGACAAGGACACGAAUGUCCGUGAGCUGAAAUUUAACUUAUCCAACUGCCCCGAUUGGGUACACACGCAGAACGAUGAAGAAUUAUUUCAAAUUUUUAAACUUGGUGUUGCGGUGAAGGAAUCAAUCACGAUGAACAUCACCGGAGGCAAGAAAUACUUUGAUCACGUUGUUAGCCAAGUUCAAGUCACACAAAGCGCACUGGAAAGGAAAUUUGACCAACUACUCGAACCAAUUGAAAGUUGUAAAGAUACAUUGACGGAACUGACAUUGAAGCCAGCUUCAAAAGGUGCCGUUGGUGAAUUGGUAGUACUUUCAGUACUCCAAGAAGGUUUACCUCAACACACGGUCGAGGACGUCGCCAGAAAGAAAGGAGAAUACGGAGACAUCCAUGUCACAUCCACAGUGUCUGAACAAAAAUAUCUUGUAGAAGUGAAAACACACAGACGUACUCUGGCAGCAGCGGAAAUUCGAAAAUUUGAGGACGAUUUAAGAGAAAACAAGCAUUUCAAAGUUGGAAUUUUGCUUUCACUGGAUAGUGGCAUAGCAAUGCGGGCAAAACAUAGAAAAUUUGAAAUAACAUAUGAAGAUGAGCAAUAUUUUAUUUACGUGCCCAAUGCUCGCAAGGAGGAAAAUUUGAUUGUUUGGAGUGUAUUGCUUGCAGACGAGUUGGCUGCUUUAGACGAAGGACUCACUGACAGCCAGACCCAGGAACUUCUGAAGUUGCAGAAGAAAUUCCAAGAGAAUAUGGAGAAAACUAAGGCAUGUCGAUCGAGAUUUAAUUUCCUAAAGAAAAUAGUCGAAGAUUUGGAGGAAACCCUAAUGCCUUUGUUACAUGUAAUCGAUGGAGCCAAAACUGAUCUCAACAAAGCCUUGCACCAGAGAGUAAAGAAAGGUCCAAAGAAGGCGGCCGGUCCAAAGAAAGCGGCUUCUAUUCCUCCGUCACAUAAAAUAGACAAAUACUUCGCUAAGGAAACGGCUUCUAUUCCCCCGAAAGCGGCGUCUAUUCUCCCGUCACGUAAAAGGCGGCUUCGAUUCCCCCGGUGUCACGUUACAGUUUCUGAUGAAAAAAAUUCAGUUUCUGAUGAAGAAAGUUCAGCUUCUGAUGAAGAAUUUACAGUUUCUGAUGUAGAAAUUUUAGUUUCUGAUGAAGAAAGUACAGUUUCUGAUGAAUUCGAAGAAAUUUCAAAUACUGAUGAAGACGAUUGA